AUGGCGCCAUAUGAGACUCUUUAUGGCAGAAAGUGUAGGACUCCUCUGUGUUGGUAUCAAGAUGGGGAAGCAGUGCUUGUCAAACCUGAGUUGUUGGAGCAAACCACUGAGAAAGUGAAAAUGGUGAGGAACAGAAUACAGGCCUCGCAGAGUAGGCAGAAGGCUUAUGCGGAUCGUAGGAGGAGACCUUUGGAAUUCGCUGCUGAAGAUCGUGUGUUCUUGAGGCCGAGAAAGUAUGUGUUUGACCCGUCUCACGUAUUGGAGGUCGAGAAUGUACAAAUCAGGGAGGAUCUCAUUAUGGAAGUGCCACACGUGGCUUUAGAGGAUAACAAAGUUGAGGAACGUCGGGGAAAACCAGUCAGUCUUGUCAAAGUCAUCUGGGAUCGAAGGACAUGUGACUCUACUUGGGAUUAG